AUGGGUCUUAGCUUGACACCACGUUUUCUCGCAAUUGCCAAUUUACCGUGUGCGAUUGAGACCACAGGCUUAACGGAACCAUUGCCAGCUGACGUUCGAAUUUCGAAACGUGAAGCGGCAACAAAGCGCGCGAACGAACAAAGCCCGUUUGAGACGUCCAUUCGCGUCGAUACUAAUCUGCGCAGGCGGAAGCGGCCGGCGGGAUCGGAAGCCGCAACUGGGCUAGGAAAUGAGAUAGGUCCAGCGCUCUGUCGGCGCUCUGUUAGCCUGGUACCUCUCUAUCGUAUCGAGCUGACGUGCAGGGACCUUUGCGCCGCGAGCGGACAGAUGGCAGACUCCCGGUCGAAUCCGAACAUUGCGAUCGCCUCUAAUACCUUAGCUAUGGUGUCAAAAAACAAGCUUUGCGCUGCCCCCGCAUCUAAUACACCUCGGUUCCCCGGCAAGUUGGAGCCGUCGAGGCGUCGACGACACGGUGCCCGGCACCCGCCAAAACGAUGUCGCGAGCGCAGCCCGAGGACAGGGGCGGAGCGCCCGCCCCCGCACGCGACCUCGGCCUUCGGUCACACGACUACCAGGCCAUUGGGAAACUCCCGGCAAACGGCCCUAACAAGCGGGCUAAUGGAACAGAUCACGUACAAUUGCCAACGUUUG